AUGCCGAAUACUGAAUUUAUUAAUGUUGAUGAAUUAACAUUAGAAAUUAUACCCGAAGCAUAUUAUCAAAAAUUAAAGAAGCUCCUGGUAAAAUCAAGUAAAUCAUUACAACAAAAUAAUAUAUUUGAUACAAAUGGUAUUGAUAAUAUACUUGAAUAUAGAGAAAAAUUUCAAGACUUAUUUAUAAAAUGUUGCACAAUGUUUGAAAAUUUAACAUCAUUAUAUUUCUAUGUAUUUAUGAAUAAUUUACAAUUAAUAUUUGAUUUGAAAGAUUUUAUUUCUUUUUCAUCAAAUAUAACUGAAUUACACAUUGUAGUUAAUUGUUUUAAUGAUUGUCUUUAUAUACUAGAUGGAAGUUUUAGUCAACUAGAAAAAUAUUAUAUUAUCGUUUAUAGUUCGACUGAUUUACCAUCAAAUGAUCAUGCAGAAGUAAGCUGA